CCUGGUGAGCGCAGACUAAACGUUCGAGUUGAGCGGUUAAAUAGGUGCAAGUAUCCUAACAUAGUAGUAGCACAAAAAAUUUGUAUAAAAUCCUCAGUCAAGUGAAAGUAACCAGUAACUUUGCACGCAGCAUUCAAUAUAACACGGUAACAAACGAAAGCACGCUGGCGGUCCGGAAAGGAAUUUCAUAUUUUGCACGAGAAACUUGUUGACUAUCUGCAUUGUCUACAAUAAAGUUAACUAUUGCUAUUGUUGUUGCUGUUGCUGCUGGUUUUCAAUGUUGGCAUAGAAAUUUUCACUCGACAUUUCACACAAGUCGCCAACAUAUGGCAGCUUUUGUGCCAGCAUCACUGUAUGACAAUAUGCAAAACGCUUAUCGCCAACUUAGCCGUAAUGAGGCAGCAGCUGUUGAAUGGUGGGCCCAUUAUCAUGGCAUGCAAUGUACAACAGCAACAGCAGCAAGGCGAACAGCACAACUCAUUAAGGCAACAAUGUAUUAGGCCACAGCAAGAGCAACAGCAACAACAAGCACAAUCAACAAUACUGCAAGACGACCAUCAAGAACAAGAACAAUCUCUGCAACAACAACAACAAGCUAUAGAGCAGCAUCAAGCCAGGGCAGAAUGGCAGCAAUUGCCGCAGCAGCAGCAGCAAGAGCCGACGAUGCAACGGCGGCAGCAGCAGCAACAACAGCAGCCAACCAGCAGCUGGCGUUGCUCGUUGCAAGCAACAAUUAAUUGGUUGCAUCGUCCGGCUACAAGCGUCACGUUGAUGUUGCAAUUGCUGUUGUUGUUGUCGAUAAAUACAGCGGCACGUGGGGAAGGCAAUGUCGGUUGCCAAUUUGUGCGAACACUUUGCCUUCAGGGGAGCGAGGUCUGUUUUGAUGAUAACAUCUUUGGAAAAUGUAUACCAACAACUGGCGUAGAUGUGGAGGACAUUGAAAAAACACCGCUCACCGAGGAGCAAUCUCGUACACUCGCCACUAUGUUGGAGGAGUUGCAGGGCGCCGGACUCGGCUGGGAUCAUCCCUAUGUACAGUGCCGUAUACAAGGAACACUCUACUCACUACAGAAACAGACCCAACUACCACCGAAUCUUUGCGCAAAUUUGGCACCCACACCUACCGAUAUCGAUCCUGCCGGCGCUAUGGCUUUCGUACGCUUCACACCACCCGAACAAGAAUAUGUGGAUGGUGGAUAUUUCUAUCCGCCACUGAAAAAGCAACAGAGAACACAACAACGGAAUGAAGAUGCAAAUAGUCUCAACACCAUUUUGCAUCAGUUGCAGCUGCAGGACCAACGUCAACUGCGGCACGAUCCGCUAGAACUGGCAUAUUUCGAAAAAUCGGAUGCACAAGAGCCACCACAACUCACACCGAAUAUAAUGGAGACCUAUUUAGAGAACGAACGUGCACGCAUACAACGCGAACAACUGGAGCAAGCAGCGGAGUUGGAGGCGGCACAGGAAAAUGCAAUGCGUAAUCGUUUAGAACUCUAUCAGAUGUUGGCAGCCUCCGAACCAGAUCCGCAGCCGUAUCAACGUAAACCGAGUAGCGCGAUUGAAAAAUUGGAACAAGUGGUGGAGCGCGAACGUGAGGCAGCGGCGCGUGUGCUACCAUCUACGCAGCAACAACCAGUUAUUGUACCGGAUGAACUGUCUAAUGAUUCCAACGAAUUGUAUUUCCCUGAACGCUUCAGCUCUUUCAAGCGUAUUUCGAACAAAGCGGCAAUGAAAGCUAAAGCUAAGCCGGUGCAACGUUCAUUCUUUCGUGAGUUGGCCGCAGAGCAAGGCUUGCCGCAGGAACCGUUAUUAAAUAGUGACUUCACGGCAAAUGCGAUUGAUGAAACUGACCAAAUGUUGUUGCCAACCUACAAACGUACGAGUGCAAACGAUUUUGCCAACGAGUCCGAACGCAAGCAAUUAGCUUUCGAGGAAAGUCUCAUUCGCAACUCUUUGACACCAUUCGAAGAGGAAGCGAUGCUUUCCUCGAAUACUUAUGCGCGUAAUGCACAAAAACCGCGACCAGUCUUUACCGAGGGUGGUCUCGUCUAUGUGUCUGAGGAUGAGGAGGAGGUACGCAAAGCCAAGGCACGUGAGUUGCUCGAAAGCAUGUUUGGAUUCACACGACACGAACGUUUAGAUGUGAAGAAGCCGGGUCCAUUAAUCGGACCGCCGCCAAAUGCUGUGGAAUCAAAGGAUACGCAAAAUAAAACCGAAGCCGUAAAUGCUGGCAAUAAGGAAGUGCUGCCGGCACAUAUUAAAGGCAGUAAAGAGGGCAGUAAGAAGAAGAAAGUGCUGAAGGAUCACUCCGAUGAAGAUCAUGCUCCGCACACAGUCGACACCGAAUAUGCGCAUGUGUUCGUAAAGAACCCUAUCGAUAGCUGGAGUGACGGUGUGCGGAUCAUGAACGAAUUGGCCAAUAUACUACAUAUGCAAGGAUACUUUACCUAUUUAACCGUUCAACCGCACGAAGUCUCUUUCCGGGUGGACUCAAACAACCCGGAGCACAAGACCGCCGCUGACAUAGCGCGCGCCAUCAACGACAAUCGCGGCGUCAAGAAUAAUAUACUACGACGUCUGGGCUUCACCGUACUACACGCGGGUGUGGGCGAUAAGAUCAAAGACGAUACGGAUGGCGUUUCGUCAUCGCGCAUUGAGCUCGCCGAACAAGGACCCGAUGUGACGCAUAUUAUGGCGUAUAUGUUCGCUGGUGCUGGCGCUGCUGCUGUCAUCGUUAUUUUCAUAACACUCAUCUUGAUAAAGCGACAUGACAAGAAACGCGACAAACUGGGUGGUUUACAAUCGGGCAUCGGUGGCGCAGAGAGUUGCAGCAAAGACUAUCAGGAUCUGUGCCGUGCGCGCAUGGCCGGCAAGAGUAGCGCACCCGAACCGGUGGCAAGUGGUCGCAUAACAUCGCUAAGCAAGGAAAAUGAUCGACCGCCAUCAUCACGCUCAAGCACCUCAUCGUGGAGUGAGGAACCGGCGCUAACGAAUAUGGAUAUCUCUACUGGGCAUAUGGUUUUGUCUUACAUGGAGGAUCAUUUACGUAAUAAGGGCCGCCUACAACGGGAAUGGGAGGCUUUGUGCCGCUAUGAAGCCGAACCGAGUGCACGCGAUGCCGCACAACAACCGCAGUGCGCUAACUUGAAUAGACCAGGCGCUCCAUUGCCUUAUGAUCACUCGCGUGUUGUGCUCAAUCACUUGGCCAACGCUGAGGGAUUGGAUUACAUCAAUGCUUCAACUAUUACCGAUCACGAUCCACGUGCUCCGGCGUACGUCGCCGCACAAGGACCAUUACCCACGACCCUGGCACAUUUCUGGCAAAUGAUUUGGGAACAAGGUGCCGUUGUUAUUGUUUCACUGUGUCGCUUACAAGAGAAUGGCGAAAUCGCUUGUGCACGCUAUUGGCCGGAGGAGGGUGCUGAGGUUUAUCACAUCUACGAGGUUCACUUGGUCAGCGAGCACAUUUGGUGUGAUGAUUACUUAGUACGCUCUUUCUAUUUGAAAAAUUUGCGAACCAGCGAAACACGAACUGUGACACAAUUCCAUUUCCUCUCUUGGCCACAAGGUGGAGUACCGGCGCAAGCUAAGGCAUUAUUAGACUUCAGAAGAAAAGUAAACAAGUCCUAUCGCGGCCGCUCCUGCCCCAUUGUGGUGCAUGGCAGCGCCGGCGCCGGCCGUACUGGCGCCUACAUACUGCUCGAUCUGGUGUUGGGACGCAUGAAUAAGGGAGCACGUGAAAUCGAUAUCGCCGCCACAUUGGAACACUUGCGCGAUCAACGUGCUGGCCUCGUUGCCACACGGCAACAAUUCGAAUUCGUGUUGAUGGCCGUGGCCGAAGAGGUGCAUGCGAUACUGAAGGCGCUACCGGCAAAUCAAUCGAAUGAAAAACGUGAAUUGGAGGCAAAAGAAACAACAACCGGUAUACUAAAGGAAGAGGAAGCGGGAAGUGAAGAGGCGGCGGUAGUGGCAACAACAUCCAAAGCGACGAAGGAGACAGCGGUCAAGCCAACAACUGCGGCAGCAACAACAACUGGCGCAAAAGAGAAAGGAGAACAACAACAACAGCAGAAGAAUGGCGGUGGCGAGAAAGAGCGCGAGAAGGCCGGCAAAGCGGAGACCAAGGAGCCGAAGGCUGCACCUGCAACGCCAGCAAAGACACAGGCCGCCACAACAGCAGCGGUAAAGAAAAAGUAAACGCGCUAAACGGCGGCGGCGGUGUGUGUUGAGUAGUGCGCGCGCAUGCUGCGAGCGUGCGACGGAACGGUUGUUUAUUUAUGCAAAUUUUCUUUUUACACUGUGAAAGGUGUUGGUUACUUAGAAGCAAGCGUUUAUAAUGAUAUGGUUUAUAUGUAGACUAACAGUUAGUGUUAUAUUUUUCGUAAUUACAGUUAAUUUACAGGCGCGUGGUAUGCUGGCGUGUUCGAAACGGGCUAAAUUUGGUUGGCUAGAAGCGGGAUUUUUUUCAUAAAUUUUUAAGCUAUCGAAAUUUUUUUGUUUUCAUUUCAUAUAAAAUACAAUUAUAAUGUUAAAUUGUUUCCGUAAACUGUGCGUAAAACAAGUUGUAUGCCAAUUUAAUUAAAUUUAAUUAAUAACAAAAAUAUUACACACACCCAAACACUUGAGUUCAGUGUGUCGCGCCGGCGCUGCACUUUGCUGUCCGAUUAACGCGUCGCUGCUUCAACAAAAAUCAUUACAAUCCAGCCCAUUGGAGCGGUACGUCUUAUGAGAGUAAAUGGCGCAUGCGUGACCAACAAACUGAACGUCACACACACACAUAUACAUAUAUAUAAAUACACGCUUAAUUAAAGCCAUAAUAAAAUGCGUUUAGAUUUAGACCGCAAGCAACAAA